GCUACGAUCUCGUCCUUCCCCUCUCCCCACUUCCAUCCCGUUGGUGAUUGAUCCUCCGCUUUAUAUUGUACAACAUAAAGGCAAGCCUCCGAAUUGCAAUUCGCGGUUCAAAGCUUCGAUCUCGUGCGCACAUGGAGGAGCUCUCCCGCGACGCCGCCUCGCUAGCACCGGAGCCGCGCAGGCAGGCGGAGGAGGGUUGGUCGCCGCGUGAGGCGGAGGCGUUCGUGGACGCAGUGGAGGGGGCGUCGACAGCCUCGGUGUCGCCUGUGGCCUGGCGCGAGGGCGAGGGCGAGGUCGCCGCGGGGGCUUCGCCGUCAAAGUGGAGAUCGCAGGGCUACGGGGCGGCGGCCGCGGAGGAAGUGGAAAGCUAUGAGUCGCCGUCGGGUUCAUCGUCGGGGUGCGCAGCGAUGGACGGGGAUGAGUCUCCGUCGGUUUCUGAAUUGCGAGAGGAGCCGGGGAGGGUGGAUACAGGAAGCGCCGCGUCGCCGUCGGAGCAGAGCGCGAGGGCAGCGGAGGAGCACGAGAAUCCGAUGGCCCCGACAGGGGUAGGAUCGCCAUCGAGGGAGGAGCCGAGGUCGAGGAUACUGUCAGCGCCAUCGUCCCCGGCGCUCUCAGGCACGUCGACGUCGUCGUCGGCGUUGUCGCAGAUCAAGCAGCAGGCGCGGCACGUGCGGACCGGCAGCUUCCAGCGAUUCCGGAAGCAGAUGCAGCGCGCGUGGAAGUGGGGGCCCAUUGGAGGUGGAGGAGUUGGCGAAAGGAGCCCCAGGGAGCAGUUUCUGCGGACGACUGUUAACAUUGAGGCCAUGGCGAAUCAGAAGCGGCAGUGGUAUCAAAUCCACUCCAAGGCGCAGGAUCAUAAGCAAUAUAAGGAACCAACUUCGCUCUUUGAACAUUUUUUCGUAGUUGGUCUCCACUCAUAUGCAAACGUUGGAGUUAUUGAGGAUGCGUUUGCAAAAAAGAAAGCUUGGGAAUCUAAUGUAGCAUGUUCGGAGAUAGUAGAUCUUAGAAAAAUCCAGUAUCAUGGACCUAUACCAACGAUGGAACCCCAGAUUCUUUUCAAGUAUCCACCUGGAAAGAGAGUGGAAAUUAGGGAGACUGAUUUGCCCUCGUUCUGUUUCCCUGAAGGUGUAAAGGCUCGUUUAAUAGAGAGGACUCCAUCCAUGAGUGAUCUGAAUGAAGUAAUAUUUGGGCAGGAACAUCUGUGUCGAGAUGAUCUGUCCUUCAUCUUCUCCCUUAAGGUGUCAGACAAUGCACCACUGUAUGGUGUUUGUCUGCAUGUCCAGGAAAUAGUUCAAAAGGCACCAGGUAUACUAGGUGCAGUCUCACCCCUAAAGACUACAUCCUACAAGCCAAGUCGUUUCUUGGUUUCUGCGCCUCGUUGUUACUGUCUACUCACAAGGGUACCCUUUUUUGAGCUACACUAUGAGAUGUUAAACAGCAUAAUUGCACAGGAGAGGCUUGACAGGAUAACACAGUUUGCUAGUGAAAUUGCUCUAUCUGAGCCUGUUCCUCGUUCCAUGAAAGAAGAAGAUGGGGUAAAUGGGGAUUUUGUUUCCUCAUAUGGGCUUCCAUACAAUGACUGGACAGAAUAUGCUGUGCCCGUCAACAGUAUAUCAGGUCUCAUUUCUUCAUCCGGAAUUCCAUCAGAAAGAGACAUAUCUUCGUAUUUGUUCAGGAGCUGGGAACCUAAUUCUCCUGAAAGUAUAUCUGCUAGUGAGAUUUCAGAUUCUAGUUAUGUAAGAGAACUUGACAAGGAAGGGAGGCAUAGUUUCCAGCAAUCUGAUGACUGUAUAUCAGAUAACUUGGAAUCCCGUUGUGAUAGCUUUGGGAGAGCAAGUUGUAUCUAUGAUAAUGGACAUACUUCCCCAGAUCUUCUGUCCACACAUUCUCCUAUCUCUAAAAGAUUAGAGCGUGCACAAAGCGUGGAGUCUUUAGAGAGUUCAGUCAAAGGUGCUGGGUCAGAUGAAGAAGAUGAAGUAUUUGUGAAGCAUGAAGUGAUUGUUGAUGAUGAAAAGAUUAUAGGAUGGGCUAAGGUACACAAUAAUGAACCGCUACAAAUAGUUUGUGGUUACCAUGCUAUUCCUCUGCCACUUCGUGGCGGUGAAAUUGUUUUCCGCCCUCUUGAUCAUCUUCAGCCUGUGAAAUACUCCCGGCCUGGAUUAUCGAUGUUGGGUUUUGGAGAGACAGUUUUGGACAAUGGUUUGACUUUGUCAGAAACAAAUGAGGUCAAUGCUCUUUUGGUGGCUGCCGAAGAAGCUCUUGCAUUGUCGACAUGGACUACAGCUACAGUUUGCCGUGCUUUGUCUCUGGAAAACGUGCUAGGAUUAUUCGCUGGAGUUCUGCUGGAGAAGCAAAUUGUGGUAGUAUGCCCGAAUCUGGGUGUCCUUUCAUCCAUUGUUUUGUCAAUUAUACCAAUGAUCAGGCCAUUCCAGUGGCAAAGUUUGUUGCUUCCAGUUCUACCGAGAAAAUUGAUUGAUUUUCUUGAUGCUCCCGUACCUUUCAUUGUCAAGGCAUAUUCAUUGCCUCAACUUCCACGUUACAAGGAGCUUGUUUCUAACCUCAGUCCAAUUCAUGCUAGACUUUCGUGUGAGAAUGCUUUGGCUAAGAGACAUCCCAUUUAUAAAUGCAGUGAAGUUCAGGCUGAGGCUGCUUGGCAGUUCUUAAAUGUAAUGAGAUCCUACUUGGAAUCACUUUGUUCUGACUUGCGCUUUCAUACCAUCACAAAUGUACAGUCAAACAAUGACAGGGUAUCUUUGCUUCUGAAAGACAGUUUCAUUGAUUCCUUUCCCGUCAAGGAUCGACCAUUUAUAAAGCAUUAUGGCGGCAGCGCUGACGCCCGCACCAAUCGGCGCUCCGCCCUCGACAUAUUCUAUGGGCUCGCGCUCGCCGAGGCGCUGCUGUUCCUCGUCGAGAAGGCGCUGUGGCAGUGGAGGGUGGGCCACCGCCGCCUGCUCGAGCGCGUCGCCAAGGAGUGCCACCUCGCCACCGCGAGCGGCGCGGUGGCCGUCCGCCGCUUCUUCUACGACUCCUAUUCGCGGUGCCUGAACGGCAGCAUCUUCGACGGUCUGCACAUGGACCUAGUGUCCUACGCCGAUGACCUGCUCACGGCGGGCUCCCACGACGAGCAGCGCCUCGGCGCCAGCAUCCUCGUCGCGCUCGUUGAGUCCGACCGCUUCGCCGACGCCACGCUCCGCAAGAUCGGCACGUCCGCGCCCACCAUCGAGCGGCUCAUCGAGAUGCUCAGCUGGAAGAACGCGUCGGAGAAGGACGUGCGCCGCUCUGCCGCGGUAGUCGUUUCCAUGCUCACCGGGAGGAAGCUCAACGCGCUCCGCGUCACCGGCAUCCCCGGCGCGAUCGAGUCUGUCGCCUCGUUGCUGUACGCAGGCCUCGACGAGCUCAACCUCCUCGGCCUGUCCAUCCUCAACAAGCUGGCGCACGACCACGACAACUGCGACAAGAUCGGCAAAACCAGGGGCCUUCUCGACAAGAUCAUCUCGUACUCGAGCAUCGCAAACGGACCGGCGACGGCGCCGACAGACAUGCGACUCAAGGCGGUGAAGCAAUCACUCCUUGUGGUGAAGAGGCUCGCGAGCACGACGGGGACCACCGGGAAACUUCUCCGGAGGGAGCUCUCCGACAUCGUGUUCACGGUGAGCAACGUCAGGGAGGUGCUGCAGCAGCGCGACGGCAAGGGCCGGUCUGAGCUGCACCAGCUGGCAAUUGAGAUAUUGACGAACCUCGCCAUGGACGAGGAGGCGAGGGAGAUGAUUGGCGGGACGGGGGGCGUGGUCAGCGAGCUGGUGGCGAUGUUCUUACCGGAAAAGGAUGCGGGGGGCGACCAGCAGGCCGACGCGGUCCGGGUGGAGGCCGGAGAGGCGCUGGCGAUGCUGGCACUUGACAGCCGGAGGAACUGCGGCGAGAUCAUAACGGCGUGCGGCGGAGGGGUGGAGCGACUCGUCGAGGCACUGAGUGAUCCCGUCGUCAUCAUCGCCGCCGCACGGAUCCUACGCAACCUGUGCACCUACGCCGGUGAAGAGUGGCAGCUUUCACUCCGAGGAGUCACCACCGGCGCCACCAAGGUGCUGCGUAAUAUCAUGGUCGAGAAGACGAAGCUCCUCAAUAUCUCCCUCGGCCUCGCCGCGCAGAUGCUCCGGUUCAUGCAACCCGGAGAGCUCCGCGCGAGCCUCGCCGCGGCCAGCGUCACGGACACGGCGUUGGCGCGGACGCUGGUGCAGGUCCUGCGGGAGUACAGCCACCCGUCCAUGGUCGUGCCACGCAUCCGGCUGUACACCCUCGAGCUCGCCAUCGCGAUGAUGCGGUCGGACGCGCGGCUCGUGGCGCUCUUCGUGGAGCUGGGGAUGGAGGGCGAGCUGAGGCGCGUCGCGGGCACCACAUCCGUGCUCGAGUGCUUCAACGUGUUCUCCGGCAGCGUCGGGCUCAGCCGCCGCGCCGUCAGCGUCUGCUCGCUCGUCGAGUCCGCCGUGGAGCUGAUGAGGCAGGGCUGAAAUAUAGACUGCAAACUACACGGCAUUG